ACAGAAGAGUGAAAAAACAGUGCACAGUUCGAGCGUGCGGAAAAUUUACCAUUUUUCGCAUGUAAAUUCGUGUCCCAAGUGCAUAAUUUAUCACAAUGAUCCGAGCUCAAGUGGCCAGUUUGCUGGAGGAACUGAGAAAUCCUCCAGACAGGGCCACUCUCUAUCGUAAGCUAGUAAAAGUUCGGACGGAGGUCAUCAACACGGAGAUUGGAAUUCAGCACUUUUGCUCGCUUGACGGUGUCAAACUGCUGGUUGGCCUUUUAAGUAAACCGUACGAAAAAGUGCUGGAAGUGUUGCUUAGCAUACUGGGAAAUUGCUGCAUGAGAAAGGAUUGUGCCAAACAGGCGUAUGAACAAGGAAUCUUGAACCCACUGGUCUCGAUCAUCUCCAAUAUACCCAACCCAGCAAUCCAGUGUCGCGGUUGUCGAUUGCUCGGCAAUUUAGCCCAAUUUCCGACCAUUCUAUACGCACUCGGCAAAGUUUACGGCAACACUUCGUACGCGCUGAAUUCGAUUCUCUCCGAAUCGGAAAAUACUGCCGUUCUCGUAAUGGUCAUCAGAGCCAUCCGGUUGCUGUGGAACGAUAAAACCCUCCGAACAUCGUUGAUCAGUCAGGGAUGCCUUAAGAAGAUCAUAUCGUUGAUGAUCAAAUUUGCCCGAAAUGAAACCAAAGCUCACAGUAGUACCAGCGAACCAACGGAAGACGGACCGCUAAGCGAUGAAACGGAAAAGGUGGUGAUUAAAAGAAUGCACGCGCCAGAUCGGACGGUCACGAAAGAGAAAUUCAAAAAUAUUGUACGUCACAUGGAAAACAGCUACCACUGUGACAUCGUUGGUUACCAGCUGAUCAAAAGCUACCGCUGGAAGGACUCUCAGGACUUCAAAAUGCCCGAAUCGAAGGAAACCGUCGAGCUAUUCACCGGCAUAUUGAAAUGCCUGCAAACGGUAACGACUGUUAUCACUGCACAGAUUGCACAGGAGAUAUAUGGCGAGGAUGGAUCCGGUAUGAAAUGCAUCAUUUAUCUGUGCUCGGAGACGAGUCAAUAUCGAGCGCUAGCGCUGCACAUAAUAUUCAAUCUGGCUUCGAAUCAGGACGCGAUUGAGAAGCUAACUGCCUGUGAUGUGAUCACGAUGACUUCGGAUUUGAUCAUGCAUGCCAGCUUGGACGAAUCCGAAAGGCGCUAUUGUACGAGUGUAAUUUGCUUGCUUGCCAAGGAAGCCUGUAAUAGGGGACACAUUCGGCGCAGCGGUGCAUUGCAAGCACUGAUGAAACUUGCCAAACAAUGUCACGCGAAAAACGAACUCAGUAUGAUUCUGUAUGCCCUGUAUCAAUAUCGUUUCGACAAUCUCAGCUUUGACAUCUUACUAACGAACGGAUUGGUCAGCUUCCUGAUUGGUGUUCUGAACGGGAUAAUUAGUGACAAACAGACCAACCACAUAAAGCAUGAUAAUGAGGAAACUAUGAAUACAAGUAUUUAUUCCAAGCAAAGGUCAAGCAAUCAAAAAGCAAGACUUAAACGAAGCGAUGAGUUGUUCAACUAUAAAAAUAUGAACUACUAUCAGCAGUCCAAGAUGGCAAAGAUGGACCCUUACUGCGUGGCACCGGAAUCACCGGAGAGCGGGAGCAGUGGCUACAGUACCAUCUAUAAUAGAAAUGCUCCCAGUUCAAGCUCGAGUCCCGCGCGAACCGACUCGGAAAACGUGGAAGAUUUGGACGAUAACGAUGACGACUAUUCACCCGUGUGCAGUGACACUGAGGCAGAUCCCGAUGAAGGUAUCGCCAUCGCAGAAGAACGUCCAGACCAGGAAAUGGAAACCAGCGAGGAAAAUACAGAAGAGGCUAAAACGAGCGAAUUCGACAUUCUCGCAUACCUAUACGAUGACAAUUCCUGUACUUACAUGACCAAUGAGUUGUUUGCAGCAGACCCGGAUCUGGAGAAGGACGAGCAACCAUCGACGGGAAGCGGAAAAAAGCGAACGAGAAAUCAGUGCAGCUUCGACGACACGAUCGACGACAACGAAAUACACGACAUCGAGCUAGAGAUUGUCUCCUCCAGGGCUUUCGAAAAGAACCCCAUGCAACCGAUACUGACGUUGCUUUGGUCGAUUUCUCGGUCCCACAAAUGCUCGGAGUUUGUGCAGCCGGAAACGUUGGUCACGCUGCUGAGAAUCUGCAAACUUGCCAAGAAACCCCGCGGAAGGGCGUUUCAAAUUAUCGCAAACAUCAUCAAUCACGUCGAGCACUUCCUGCCGCUGCUGAAACAGGAUUUUGUGUUUCGGUUGCACGAGUUCAAGAUCCCGUACGGUACGCAUUCUCGGUGCUGGAGCUGUGAUGAGAUGAAAUCCGCCUGCAACGAACUGAUGUCCCUCUUCGGCAACAUUGGGGAAACCGGCUACGGUCAGGGCGAGAUAGCGCACAUCCUUAAGACGGGCGAGCGGACGCUGCAGCUGCAGGUUUCGAUUAUCGUGACGUUCGUUGUUCGUAACAGCAAACUGCUGCACAAGCUACUGUUCGACAUGAAGAUCCUCAACACCGUACUGAAUGUGAUUUUGAACGAGAACGACGACGAAGGACCCGAGGUGUACGAUCAGCGGUUGAGCGUGGCGGCAUGCUCCGGCAUUACCACGUUGGCACAGAAUUUGAACAUUUGCGGCGAGGAGGAAGAUACCGGAACACCCAGUGAAACGUUAGAGUCGAAGGAAUUCGAUAACACGUUAACAAUUUGCGACGAGACUAGCGGCGAAGAGAAGGUCACAUUCAAGGUUCGGAACGCGACCGGCACUGUAGAGAGUGUUCUCGUGAGUAAAAGUCUGCUCGUACAGGGUAGUGAUGUAUUCCAGCGAAUGUUUGACGGGGGUUACUUCAUCGAGUCGGAAAGGAACGAAGUACAGCUCGAGGAGGAUAUAAGCGUCGAUGGGUUAAAGUAUUUUUUCUAUCUGAUAAGGCUGCAAACGGUUAAUAAGUUGACGGGAAUGGCACCCCCUCCGAAAGUCAUCGAAGCCAGCCUAGAUGCACUAAGUCUAUCCCAGAAGUAUUUGUUGCCAGCCGUGGAAAAAUCCGUGCAAAAUAUUAUAAAAACAUUACUGAAUGAUGACUGUGUGCUUAAUGUCUUUGAGUGGUCGCUGAAAAACUACAAUCAAGAACUGCUAGUGGCGUCCACUUAUUAUUUUCUUUAUUCGGAUAUCAGCGGAAUUGCGAAGUGUAAGCUUUUCCGCGCGGCGAACAAAUCCGUUUUUCGCAAAGAGUGGCGCCGGCUGAUGAACGAGACCAUUCUGUACCGAAUACAACCCAACCUGGACUAGUAUUCAUUGGUUAGUUAAGAUAUACGACGUUUCCUAUUAUAUUAAUAGAUCAAAUGAAUGUUAGUCGCUAUUGUUUAUUGCUAGAGAUAUUUAUAUGUAUUUUCAUGUAUUGCGAAACUAUGCGUAUGACACACAUUCCAACGGUACUCCGACAUCGCGAAUAUUGGGAAUAUGCCUGCAUUCCGAUUGAUUCAAUGCCGAAAUUGUCCCUCCAUCCUACGGAACGUGUAUUGAAACAUCCGGCGGAUCCACGAACCCACUGUUUUCCUUGUGUCCAUACUCAAAUGUUAUCCGCAUAUCGCCGAAGCCGCACUUCGGGAGGACUCCGGCGAUCCAUUCAAUCACGAAAUAGUGCGGAUUAUCGGAGGGAUCGCCUUUGCGGGUGCCCAUUUUGAUGUAUGUUUUGUAUUGGAAGGCUUUGAUGGCGAUACAUCUGUCUUUUGAUGAGCGGGAACGACCACCGCUGCUAGGGGGUAGAGCCGACAGAUCGAUUUCGUGAUACGAACCGGUAGCAGAACGACUGAAUGAUUUCUCGAACGCUAGUGAUAUCUGCAAUGAGAGACAACAAACUAUGAAUAUUGUCAAGAAACACAAUCGAAAAUUUCAUACGCCACUCUUGUUAGAACAUUUUCAACAUAUGAAAGGAAGCCCGCCGCUUCGACCAUACGGACAUGCUACACACAGAAAAUUUAUAAGUGCUAAACUGUAUUUAAACUCAAUUCAUAAGUUACGUGAUUAGUAUCGUUCCGUUCAGUCAACAGUUGUAUAUAAUCCACAGUUUUUCGACGUGGGACUACGUCUAGCUGGAAUAUAUGGGGGUAAAAAUGAAAAACUAAACACAGAACAUACAGGAAAAAAAUUAAAGACUUCGAAUGUUCUCAAUAGAUCGGAAAGAUGUUUGCAUUAAUA